GGCCGCCCCCACUGGUCAUCCUCGGCCGGGCACACGGCACGGUACCCGGUGAAUGGCCACCCACCCCCGCCAUUACCAGUCCUCGCAGCAGGAGCAGCUUCCCCUUCCCGCCGCACCAUCCCUUUCGCAUUUCCCUCCACCCUUCCCCUCCCGUUUCGUUUCCUCCGCCCGCCGUCCGUACCAAUCCAUUCAACCACCGUACCCGAUGGCGUCGUCGGCGUUCAAGUCCACCACGCGCCGCGACCUCCACGCCUCCUCCUCCACCACCUCCCGCUCCGACCCGCCCCCGUGCCCACGCCGUUCCCGCUCCCGCAGCGUCAGCGCCGCGCCCCGCGCCCGCGGCCACGACAGCCUCCUGCAGGAGGACUACGCCAACACCCGAACCAACCCGCUCUUCGACUCCGCGGCAUCCCCAUCUCCGCCGCAGCAGCCGGCGGGGUCUGCUACUGCCGCUGGCGGCGGGGAUGCGCCUACGCGGGACAGAGGGCGCGAGCCGCUCAAGGUUGGGGGACGCGGCGGCGGCGGGAGAGCGCGGUCGGUGUCCGUCGCGCCGCAGCGGCGAGACACCGCCUCGGCGCCGUCGGUGGACAGUGCUGGCGCUGUCGGCGGGAGGAGGGCUUCGCGGGCGCGGUCGGUGGCCGACGAAGUACGCCCGUACCGCUGCUCUGAGACAGAUACAGAGGCAAGGGAUGCGGCAAGGAAACUGCAGUCAUGGAGGAGUCGGCAUUCGAUUUCAGAGAGCAAACAAGGGGGAAUUGGUGGAAGCUGUUCAUCUCAGGGGUCAACAACCGGAGUGGGUUCUCGACAAAUGGAUGAAACAACCUGUUUAGAAUCUAGCACUGUUGUUUCUUCACCAGGCCAUCAUCUUGAGCAUGCCAUUUGGCAGCAGAACCAUUCAACUGUCCCAGUGGAUCCAGUUCUGGAAAUUCCUCCUGAGUUCGAUCCAGAUUCUGCUGAGUUUAUUUCAGACUUAAGUGAUUAUGCCACAGAAUACCGAAAGAAAGAUGUUGUGGAAAUCCCUCUUGAUUUUGAUACAGAUGCUGCUGAACUGGACUCUGAUGCGAGGAACAAUGCAGCAAAACAGCACCGGGAGCUAAUGGAAAUUCCUCUUGAGUUUGAUACAGAUGCUUCCGAGCUGGUUUCAGACAUUUGGCACCAUGAAGCAAACCAGCAGCUGGGGCAAUUGGAAGCUCCUCUUGAGUAUGAUCCUGACACCUCUGAGCUGGCUCCUGACAUUACAGAAUAUACAAUAAAGCUCAAGCAGUCACAUGAACGUGCUCGAAAGCUUCGGGCAGAUUUGGCAGUUGAAGAGCAGCGGGAACAAGAGCUGAGUAGAAUGCUGAAGGGCAUAGUAACAGCUCCAAAUUUUUCUGAGACCCAUAAAAAACGGCCAAGAAGAAAGAGUAGCAUAGAAAGACUGAAAGUGUCAAGGCAUUUAGCUGAGGAGGCACUGAAUUAUUUCGAGGAAUGUGUUUCAAUUUCAACAAUGGAUAGCACUGAUUUCUCGUCACCUGAGGACCAUCAACCAAAUUCAGUUUUAAAUGUCCAACCAAAGAGCAAUAGUAGAUUUUUCCACAAAGGGAGAUCGAGCUUUCAAGAACCCCACACUCCAGCUGAUCAACAUGGCCAUCAUGAGGAAUUGGACAAGCAAACUCAGUGCUCAAUUAGCAUAACUGGAUCUGAUGUGUCUGAUGGUGUUAUCUUUAGUAACACAAAAUGCCACAUGAAAUUUAGAAACAACUCCAGUGAAGAUCUUGAUGGCUUUGACACUCCACGGAGCAGAAGUUCUUGUUUCUCUUUCACCCAUGAGUCAAUAAAAAAUGUUGAAAACUGUGAUGUUCGGCAAUACCUUGGGAAUUUUGGAAUGGGAAACAAUAAAGAGCUAAGAGAGACAAGGUCUAGUUAUUUUGCUGAUGACUAUGUCUCCCAGAAAGUUAACCCGGACAUACUGAAGGAUAUGGCGACCUUUCAGAAUCGAAUGCAAUAUGGAGGGUUUCUUAUAUGUAACAUUAGAACAUUCUGACAGUGAACACAGUAAAUAGUGCCCACUGGCCAAUGUAGUUAAGUAAUUAUCAUUGUAACUUGUAAAGUGGUUAGUAUUGUGCAAUUAUUUGUGUUGUGGGUGUAGUCCAUUUGUUUCUUUUUUCUCGUCAAAUGUGAAUUUUUGGUCACUGAUAUGACCUUUUAUCAUGUUUCCGUAACGGUCAUGCCGUGCUAUUUUGUUUACAUGGGAAUAAUUGACGCC